AUGCCCCGCCGUCGUACGUUCAAUAUCGCCAUGGUGUGCGACUUCUUCUUUCCGCAGCCAGGAGGAAUCGAGAGUCACAUCUACCAGCUUUCCUCGAAACUCAUAGACCGCGGUCACAAGGUCAUCGUCAUCACCCACGCUUACGAAGGCCGCACCGGCGUGCGCUACCUCACGAACGGCCUUAAGGUCUACCAUGUGCCUUUCCUCGUCAUCUUCCGCCAGGCCACGUUCCCCACCGUCUUCUCAUUCUUCCCGAUCUUCCGCAAUAUCGUCAUUCGCGAGAGGAUUGAGAUCGUCCACGGCCAUGCCAGCUUGAGCAGCCUCUGCCACGAGGCCAUCCUCCAUGGCAGGACCAUGGGACUGCGGACCCUCUUCACAGAUCACUCACUCUUUGGGUUUGCAGAUGCCACGAGCAUCCUGACGAAUAAGCUUCUCAAGUUUACCCUCAGCGAUGUCGACCAUGUCAUUUGCGUCAGCCAUACCUGCAAGGAGAACACUGUUCUGCGAGCGUCCCUCGACCCGCUCAUGGUCUCCGUCAUCCCGAAUGCCGUCGUCGCCGAGAACUUCCGCCCCAAAAACUACCCCUCCAACCCGUCGGGUGUCGCCAACUUCGUCCACAACCCGCCGCCCGCCCAGCCCCUCGGCCCCAACGACACAAUCACCAUCGUCGUCAUCUCCCGCCUCUUCUACAACAAGGGCACCGAUCUGCUGACGGCGGCCAUCCCACCCAUCCUCUACAACAACCCGAACACGCGCUUCGUCAUUGCCGGCUCGGGCCCCAAGGCCAUCGACCUCGAGCAGAUGAUCGAGCAGAACGUGCUCCAGGACCGCGUCGAGAUGCUCGGCCCCGUGCGCCACGAGGAGGUCCGCGACGUCAUGGUCCGCGGCCACAUCUACCUGCACCCGUCCCUGACCGAGGCCUUUGGCACCGUCAUUGUCGAGGCCGCGUCGUGCGGCCUCUACGUCGUCUGCACCCAGGUCGGCGGCAUCCCCGAGGUCCUGCCCUCGCACAUGACCGUCUUUGCGCGCCCCGAGGAGGACGACCUCGUCGCCGCCACGGGCAAGGCCAUCGCGGCGCUGCGCGCCAACAAGGUCCGCACCGAGCGCUUCCACGAGCAGGUCAAGAAGAUGUACUCGUGGACCAACGUCGCCGAGCGCACCGAGCGCGUCUACCGCAGCCUCUACGAGGACGAGGACGAGGACGUCGGCGGCGGCGGGGAGCAGGCCGUGGACGACGACGAGUACGACGAGCACGACGGCGCCCCGUCGCCGCGCUACGGCGUCGCGCGCCCCGGCGAGAGGAGCUUCGCGCUGAUUGACCGCCUCAAGCGGUACUAUGGCUGCGGCAUCUGGGCCGGCAAGCUGUUCUGCCUGUGCGUCAUCAUCGACUACCUCAUCUACCUGUUUCUCGAGAUGUGGUUCCCCCGCGAAGACAUCGACAUUUGCCGCGACUGGCCGCGGAAGAGCAUCCCCGAGGACGACGACGAAGACGAGAGGCGGAAACACGGCAGGUGGAACAAAUAG